AUGAUGCUCCACAAAAUGUUGCCUCCUCCGAAAAUUGAAGAUUUCGGGUCGUCGGUGUCCAGCCAAGAAUCUGUCAGAAGCUCGAUUUCUCCGGAAAAUCUUGAGGUGAGUGAGUUUUUGAAUUAUGAAGCAGAAAAAUUAGAACUUGGCGGGUCAAGAGAUCUCAUGGAAGACAACGUCGUCGCCAAAAAUGAAGAUGUGGAAAUUUCGGAGAGAGUUAAAAAAUUGGAAAACGACUUUGUUUUUAUUAAACAUCAGCUCACCUCAAUUAUGACACAUCUACAUGUCGAGGGGUGUAAGUGCACAACUUGCGUUAAAGUCAAAGAAGAAAAGGCUCCGAAAAAAGAGAACGAAGCCAUCGAAAUGUUGUCCCACCUAUUCCCCAAUGCCUCUCUAGAACAAAUCCAAUCUCUUCUAGACCUCUCGAAAAAGAGCAAAGUACCAAGCACACCAAAAGAAACCACAGUGAUCCCUGAAGCUACAGUAAUCCCAAAACCUCCUGCAGAUGAAGGGCUAAAACUGGGUCAGGGCUAUGAAAAUGGCGCGGGUGCUGGAAAAAUUCAAACUGAGCGAUAUUCGGAGCCAGCGAGGAAGGUGAAGAAAUUCAGUUUACCGCCAGCGGUAACACAUUUUCUGCAGAGGAAGGAUAGUGGGAACGCUCUAAUCCAACCAAACACUCCGAACUCAAACACAGCUUCACCUGGACCAUCUUCUUCGGAUGGAGACGAUCAUAUGGAUACCCCGUUAGAUAUGCAGGUUCAGUCAAGUACGGUACCAUCCACGCCGACUGCUGGAGGAGGAUCCAAUUUAUUCACUCAAUCCAUGAUGGAUAUGCUGAAACACAACGCCGCCCAUUCAACCGGCUCACCUGGUUUCCUUCGCGGCCGAGGCCGCGGUCGACCAAAGUUAAUUGGAGAUGAGCUAGACGCAGAUCUAGUGGACUAUAUGGUCACUCUAAAGAAUGCCGAUCCCCAUAAAGGCAACUUCACAGCCUCCCAAGCUCUUCAUAUGGCACGCCAAUAUAUUUUGGAGAGAGCUCCAGGUCUUCUAGAAGAGCACGGUGGACAUGUGAAGCUGAAGUUGACGUGGGCAAUGAAACUGGUCUCCAGAAUCGGUGAACGACAGAAAGAAAUCGAGCUGGGUCUGCCGGCUGGAACACUUUCAAAUAUGGGACGAAAUUUGACGAAUCUGCCGACUGGUGGCAAUUUUAUGGCUGAUAUUAUGGCUCAGAAUUUGUUUUCACAGCAAUUGAUGAUGGGAAACUUGUUGGGAGGCGGAAGUCCAAAACAGAAUGAGGAGAAUAUUCAUGUGAAGAAGGAGAAAGAAGUCACCCAAAUGCCUGAAAUUGUGAAUAUCAAAGAACUCGCAUUCAUCAACAACUUCCUCGCCGAACUCAAUGACAACAAUGGAGAAGCUGGACCAUCAGCGGCUCUUUUUGCUCCAAAAUCUUAA